GCAGACGUGAAUUAUACGUUUAUCCACUGGGAGGCGGUAAGGAGUCGAUAUGUUUUUGUCUAGCCUCGGUUAAUCCAAGAAGAAGACUUUCUGUGAGCAUUAGCAUAGGUAGCUUUAUCCUGUAGUUGUCUCUGGGGUGAAUAUCUGUCCACUGAUCGGUGUCCUGAGUGAUCCCCUCGUUUCCUCACAGCACUCAAACCCAAUGAGGGCGGUUCUGUUCAGACCUCCUCCACAGCCGGCCGGACACUCACCGAGGGACUGCACCGCUGAUUGGAGGCUGGAAUUAACUGGACAGCUCCAGGUGAAAAAUAACAAGCAAAACGAUUGAUCAGCAAUGCAAAGUCUUUAAAUACCAGAUUUUUAGAUAAUAGUUUGAGUUGUGGGAAUCAGCCUCUGCAAAGUUUUCGCGGCAGUCCAGAUACUGAUCGGUGGAAAUCAGGAGGCUAGAAGGACCAACCACAGCAUUAUCUCUCAAAGAAGAUAGAUGUUCUCACUGACAAGAAGUUCUGGAUCCAGCAGAGAAACUUCAUGUUUGGUCCAGAGAAGACUCAAGGGAUGGAGGAACCAGAACCUGUACAAGUAAAGGAUAAACAGCAGGAGCCAGAACCUCUGCAGAUAAAGGAUGAACAAGAAGAGCCAGAACCUCUGGAAAUAAAAAAUGAACAAGAGGAGUCAGAAACUCUGCAGAUAAAAGAUGAUCAAGUAGAACAAGAACAUCUGCAGAUAAAAGAUAAACAGCUGGAGCCAGAAGCUCCGCAGAUAAAGGACGAACAAAAAGACACAGAACCUCUGCAGAUGAAGGAUGAACAAAAGGAGCCAGAACCUCUGCAGAUAAAGGACGAACUUGAGGAACCCUGUCUCGAUUUUGAGAAAGAACAGCUUGACCCAAAGCAGAUUGAGCUCUUAAUGGUAAAUCCUACAUAUAAAGACAGGGAACCAGAAUCAAACAGGGUCCAGGUCUCUACAAAACCCGAGAACCAAAACCAGGAAAAGAAAAGUCAGAAAGAUAGAGGUUCAAGUAAUGGCGGGGGUAAAAAAAUCAAAAGUCACAAUGACAAAACAGAGAAACCUACUGUAAAAAAACGAAAGAAACCACAAAUGAGUGGGAAUUUUUCUUCUUGUAAACUUUGUGGUAAAGUUUUAGGUCGGACUUACUUGAAUGAACACAUGAAAAUUCACACAGGCGAGAAACUUUUCUCUUGUGUGACCUGUGGAAAGAAAUUUGUUAAAAAAAGUCACUUGACAGUUCAUGUCAGAAGUCACACAGGUGAAAAGCUUUUCUCAUGUUUGACUUGUGGAAAAGGUUUCAGCUUAAGAGGGAAUUUAUUUCGACACAUAAAAACUCACACAGGUGAGAAACUUUUUUCAUGUGUGACAUGUGGAAAAAAUUUUAGAGAAAGAGAAACUUUAUCACAUCAUAUGAGAAUUCACACAGGUGAAAAGCCUUUCUCAUGUAUGAGCUGUGGAAAAAGUUUCCGCUUAAGAGGAAGUUUAUUUCGACACUUAAAAACUCACACAGGUGAAAAACUUUUCUCGUGUGUGACAUGUGGAAAAUGUUUUUGUGAAAGAGAUACUUUAUCUCAGCACAUGAGAACCCACACAGGUGAGAAGCCUUUUUCAUGUCUCACCUGUGGAAGAAGUUUUAGCCAAAAAGAGAGUUUAUCUCGGCACACGAGAAUUCACACAGGCGAGAAACCUUUCACAUGUGUGGCCUGUGGAGAAAGUUUUAGGCAAAAAGGAGCUCUUUCUCAGCACAUGAGAAUCCACACAGGCGAGAAACCUUUUUCAUGCGUCACCUGUGGAAGAAGUUUUAGCCAAAAAGAGAGUUUAUCUCGACACACGAGAAUUCACACAGGUGAGAAACCUUUCACAUGUGUGACCUGUGGCGAAAGUUUUAGGCAAAAAGCAGCUUUCUCUCGGCAUAUGCGAAAUCACACUGGAGAGAAGCCUUUCUCGUGUUUGACCUGUGGAAAACGUUUUGGCCAGAAAGGAGGUUUAUCGCGGCACAUUAAAACUCACUCAGGUGAGAAGCCGUUCUCAUGUUUGACCACUGUUUAGGAGCUCAUUUAAAAAGCUUGGAAUUUAACUUGAAUUGGUGAGGACAGAGGAGGUUUUGGGACUGAUGCAGUGCUUUGCUUUCCUUUGAUCCUGAACCUUUGCAAUUUUACUUUAAUGUUGGACCCCUCCAUGUCCUUCCCACAUUGUUAAAAAAGUAACAUACUAGUGAUAAGGACAAAUAAACCACUUUAUGGUUGGACCAGUUUCGGUUUAAUUUGCAGGCCAACAAUGACCUUAACGAGUCCCCAUUGCUAAGGGAGUGGACCUGUUUCGGUUCAAUUUGCAGGUCAUCUAAGCCAUUACAAGGCCUUUGUAGGACAGUACUAUAAAGCUUGCUACUCCACCUUACUC